AUGGAACAAAAAAACCAAACAGCGGUUUCAGAAUUCCAUCUGCUUGGACUGACAGACAAUCACAAACUGCUGCCUCUCAUCUUUACCAUGUUCCUCUCCAUGUAUCUGAUCACAGUUCUGGGAAACUUGCUUAUCUUCAUAACAAUUGGUUCAGGCUCCCAACUACAUACACCUAUGUACUUCUUCCUCUCUAUUCUAUCCAUUAAUGACAUUUGUUAUAGUACAGUUACAAUCCCCAAAAUGCUGGUGAACAUUCAAGCAGAGGAUGACAGCAUAAGUUACAUAGAAUGUCUCUCUCAAAUCUGCUUUCUUUCAAUUUUUGGUGGCAUGGAGAAUUUUCUACUGGCUGUGAUGGCCUAUGACCGCUAUGUGGCCAUUUGCAAACCCCUGAGGUACACAGUCAUCAUGAACCCAAUUUGCUGUGGCCUGAUGAUUCUACUCUCACUUUUCCUUAGCAUUAUGGAUGCCCUGCUGCACAGUCUUAUGGUUUUGAGGCUCUCCUUCUGCACAGACCUAGAAAUCCCACAUUUUUUCUGUGAGCUGGCUCAGGUUAUCAAGCUUGUUUGUUCUGAUACUUUUCUUAAUAAUUUAUUGAUAUUUGCUGCAACUUUUGUCUUUGCCGGUGGUCCUAUCUGUGGAAUUGCUUUUUCAUAUAUUUACAUUGUGUCCUCAGUCUUGAGAAUGCCAUCUUCUGGAGGAAAGCACAAAGCCUUUUCUACUUGUGCAUCACAUCUGUCAGUGGUUUCCUUGUUCUAUGGGACAGGUUUGGGGGUGUACAUCAGUUCUGCUGUAACAGAUUCUCUCGGGAACACAGUAAUGGCUUCUGUGAUGUAUAGUGUGGUUCCUCCUUUGCUCAACCCCUUUAUUUAUAGCAUAAGAAAUAGAGAAAUGAAGAAAGCCUUGAGUAAACUUGCUGGUAGAUUCCUUUAUCUUGUGUGA